AUGAGUUAUACUAUUCAAUACGCACUAAUUUUUUACCCGGGUGCUCCUUCACCACCUCCAUUCCCACCGCCGCAGCAGGAUCCACAACAGCAACAACGGCCGGUCAGUCGCAAUCCUCGUCGUCGUCGUCGUCGGCGACGAGGACAAGGAAGGCAACAACAACGACGACUGCAACAGCCACCCCAUUUUCGUCCACCUGUUGCCCGCGGUCCCCUUAAUUCUGAGUCGACGCUCCCCCGUCCUUCUUCGGAUCCUGCUUUUACUUCGGGUCCUGCUGUCAUUCCUGCUCCUGCUGCCACUUCGGACCCUGCUCCCAUUCCCGUUCCUGCCGUCACUUCGCUUCCUACCGCUCCUUCCGACUCUGCCCCCAUCCCCGUUCCUGCCGCUACUUCGCUUCAUACCGCUACUUCGGACCCUGCUGCUGCCGCUUCGGCAGUCCAAAUCGUUUCCUCUGGUCCCAACACGGACCCACAGGUCGGGUCCAUUCCGCAGGGAGAAUGA